GAUGGAACCUUCCAAAACACAAGAAAUGGCCAGCCAACAAAUUACGCAUGCGCAGUAGUAGGCGCUUUAAAACAAGUCUUGAGGAGGGAACAUGAAGGCACUUGCAGGUGGACUUGAAUUGUAGUCGAGGACAGCAGCUGCUAACUUCACAUGGGAAGUAGCUGUGGUUAAAUUGCUUCGCCGAGGCGUUGCAGGAUGAAAAGUGGCUGUGUUCGCCAUGACUCUGAGAUCCACGCUGUUUCCAUACACAGGGUUCAAGCAGCACGCUAACACUAUUGACUUUGACAAAACGCACAUCGGGUUGGCCACUGUGAGUCCUGUAAGCGUCAAGAGGGAGUCCUGUGACUUUGUUAUAGAUGUUCAAGGCGUGCAAGGGGGCGAGAUCCCAAGCAAAUCUAAGGACUUAGAGCAGAAUUACAUGACAAGCAAAGUUGCUCUCGCUGCUACAGUUGCAGAAGUAGUUCAAGGAGACAAUAAAACUGUGGGGAUAUUGUCCCCUGUCAGACCAAUGGGGGGUGAGGGAACCCCGGUGAAAGGUAAACCCCUCUCUGUUGACAAUAUGGAUAAUCCUCAGAUGGCUGUGAACAAUAACCCGAAGGAUGCUGGUGCUGAUGACAGUGCGAAGGGGGUUGUCCCUGGAGUCCUUGGCACAGCAUCCAUUGAACUCUCCUCUGAGGGCAAGUGGAGGAACAUCAGGAAGACCCCAGCCAAUCCACACACACAAGCCAAUUGCCUCCGGCAGAUUCUCCUCCUGCAACUGGACCUCAUUGAACAACAGCAACAACAGCUGCAGUCCAAGGACAAGGAGAUAGAUGAGCUCAAAGCAGAUAAGGAGACAUUGCUUGCACGUAUUGAGCGCAUGGAGCGUCGCCUCCAGCUCACAAGGAAAGAUCCUCCUCGUGACAAGCGCCUUUUCCAGCCCCUGGAACCAUGGACCCCUGACAAAGAGGACAUGUGGGACCUGGACAUAGAGGAGAGUCCACAGCCCAACACAGCCACUCCACUGCCCUUUAGUCGGGGUGGCAAAGGUCAAAAAAGGAAAUCCUGCUUUGGAGAUUCAAAAGUUCAAAAAUCUCGUGGCAAAAGUGCCAAACUUAGCCCCCAGAAAUCUGAAAUUCAGCCCAGCUCUCCCAAUCAAAGAGAGCUGCGCAGUAAAGAAACCCCAGAGAAGACUGUCCCUGUGCGAUCAGGGCCAGAGAAGGACAUUUUGCUCCCUUGCAAAGAGGAGCCUGAGCUGAGCUGUCAGAUGGAAGAUCUGCCCUUCAUGUCUACCACAGAGAUGUAUCUGUGUUGCUGGAACCAACCUCCUCUGUCCCCUCUGCGUGAGACUUCCCCUAAAAAGGAGGAAGAGGUGGCCAGUGAGUGGACUCCUCAUGUAGUACAUGAUAUGCUGAUUGUUUUUCCUUCUUGGAGGGAAAAUUUCAUAGAGCCCUUGGAUGAAGACCCUUCAUUUAACCCUCCUGAGCCGCUGGACGACGGUGUGUUUUUGAAACGUCACAUGAAGCUCGAGUUGGAUGAGAAGAGGAGAAAAAGGUGGGACAUCCAGCGAAUCAGAGAGCAGCGCAUGUUCCAGCGCUUGCAGCAGCGCAUGAACAGGAAGAAAGUCGUCCAGGAGACCGAGCCGGAGCUGUCGUCCUUCUAUCCCGACACCGAAGACGUUGAAACUAUCGUGAUCACUCCCUUCUUGCCUGUGGUUGCUUUUGGACGGCCGCUGCCCAAACUCACACAACAGAACUUCGAGCUGCCUUGGCUGGACGAUCGGAGCCGGUGCCGCAUCGAGGUCCCCAAGAAACACACGCCUCACCGGACCUGCCGGAAGUGAAACCUACGCGGCGUUAAACCAGCGGAGAGACGCUGCUCCAUGACCAGAUGCUCCGUUUGUCCUGUCUGGGGGCGGGGGAGGGAUAAAUCAUUAGUCGCUGUGUAUAGCUGCUGUCGCUUUCAGUCUGUGGGAGAGAAAACAACUCUCCAGCCUCCACGCGUCGCCACAGACCAGCUGAUCUCCUGCAGAAUACUGGCUUUGGGGGCUAUUUUUGGUGUCCCUGCACCUCUUCCAUGCUGCAAGAUUACAGUCCUCAUGUUAGCAGCUGCUGACGAUUACUCCAGAGUUAUAUGCAUGUUCUGUAACAUGUCUGAGAUUAAUAUUGUUGGAGCUGUGCCAUGCAAAAACACAAGUGGAGAUCCUGUCCCUUUUUAUGCAUAGUGGACAGAAGUGGGGACUCUAAUCUUGAGUGUUUAAGCUGCGUUUCCACCCAAAGUAACCUGAACUUUUAAUCUUUUUUUCAAUAAACUAAAGCGUUCCUUUACACUGCCAUCUAGAUUUAGCAAACUGGAAAAAGCGCCGGCUGUUUUUACAUAUCAUUUUUGUGCACGGCUGUACUGUAAGUUACUGUCGGUCAGUCUGUCGUAUGCUUUCCUCUGCAGCACCAUGAACAAUAUACAGCUACAGAUCUUUAAAAUAGGACAGCUGAAAAAGUUCUCAACCAGUCAUGAUCAAUUUCUGUGCUUUUGGAAACCAAGAAGGGAAAUUUGGAGUUCAACGUAGAUGGAAAAUGCAUCAAAUUGUCCUAUUUCCCAUUUUCCAUGGUGGAAACGCAGCUUUUUUGCCAUUUAGACUGAAACUAGAGCUUCAACUGUUCAUCACUGAGCAAUACAGCUUCAUCCUUGUGCUCUGGGUAGUUUUGCCACUCAUUCUCCCUGCCUAAGUGGAAAAAAAAAGUCCAAAUCCGACUGUAUCGUGCUGUGUAUUGCCUAUAUCGUUGUUCGCACACAACUUCAAUAAGAUUUUAUCAAUGUUCAGUGUGAUAUUGGGAGUUUUGAGCCAGCAUGAUUUCAUAUAUUCUAUAAAAAAAAAAAAAAAAAAACAAUUGCAGUUUUUGAGCCAAUCCAAUGAAAGGAGGGGAAAAAAAAUUAAGCAAACGGAUGGUUGUUCUUCAAGGCACGGAAAAUUUGACGGCUAGUAAAGUUGGCGUGAAACCCAGUGAUCUGUUCCCUGUUUUCUAUUAGUUACAUUUUUUUUAAUGUGUGAGUUGCAUGGACUCUAUUUAGCUGUUUGAAAAGACGAUGAUAGCAUGGCUUCACCCCAGAAUGGAGAAUAAUUUCUGCUCAUUGGACUACAAAAUAUUGAAAGCAUGAUUUUUUCGGCUGCUGCGUUCAGCCCGAACAGCCUCAUCUUAAUCCAAGAAUAACAGUUCUGAUCUUGAUUUCGGUGUUUCCAAUCUUAAUACGCUCACAUCCAGUAAAUAUAAAUCAAGUUAUGUGUAUGCAUUCGGUCUCUCGAGUUCAAAGGGAGCCGUUUUAGACGAUAAAUAAGCUUUCUAGCUGUAGUUAUAGCCACCAGUAUGCUCUUUAACACGCUGCCAGUUAAUCUCUCCGGGUUCUUCUCGGUCGCAGUCUGAUUUCUCUGCCGGUGUUUCUUCCUCUUCCUCGCUGCGUUUGCUCAAACUGUUCUACGUACGACGAUGCAACGGCUUCAGCUUCAACACUUCCAACUGCUACGUGAAGGCAGGUUUUUGGAAAGUUGAUUCUCCUUUUUUUUUUCCUGUACAUAGCUUUCAGAAACAAAUGUACAUAAAACAUGGCUGUUAUUUUUUUAUUAUUUAAUGUUGGAAGUGUUGAGUACAUUCAAUAUUGUUCUAUGAUUGUAUGUUGACAAAAUUGACAGUUUUGAAAGUUAAAUUUUUUUGGAAUAAAAUGAAUAUGUCUAUGA